AGGAGAAGGGCAGGGGCUUCAGCACAGACUCGUCUGGCCUAAUGUCCACUUCAUCAUCCCUCAGCUAUCCUAUCUACUCUAGACUUCGCCCUGAGACUCUAUGUGGACUACCUCAGAGGGUUUGCAAGAUCUACUUAUUUUUCUAAAAACUUGGUAUCUACCCGCUGAAGUGAGAUGGAAAACAGCAGUGAGCAGUGCCAGAACCAAUUAUUUACUGAACACAGACCUUCCAUCUGUAGGAUCUACAGUAUACCACUGCCAAUCUAUAUCAAGCCCUUACAUAUCAGAGAUUAUAACUUAAGUGCAAUGCAGACCUGAACUGCAGCCCCGGUCCGUGAAGCCCCUUGCAGCUCUACUGCAGGCCUUUAACACCCGUCGAGCUACCAUUUGAAACAGAAGGUUCCUUUGCCCGCCCCCACCGGCGGGCUUCGCUCCUCCACGGAGACAGUCCCCUGGAAGUAGGCCUCGGCUUCCUCGCUCCAUGCCUCGGCCUGCCGCUGGGGGGAGCCGGCGUUCCACUUCGUCGCCGCCCGCGGGUUGGGGAAGGAGGGAGCCAGGCGGAGCGGUAGGCCCGCGGUCGCCUCCUCCUCCUCCUCCCGCCCCCAGCCAUGGCCGACGUGGAGGACGGAGAGGAGGCGGGCGUCUCCGCGUCUCCCGCGGGCUCCUCCGGCUCGAAGACGGGCGGCGUCGACAAGAUGUUCUCGCUGAAGAAGUGGAACGCCGUGGCCAUGUGGAGCUGGGACGUCGAGUGCGACACCUGCGCCAUCUGCCGGGUGCAGGUCAUGGAUGCCUGUCUUAGAUGUCAAGCUGAAAACAAACAAGAAGAUUGUGUUGGCCAUGAUCAAGAUAACUUUGUGUACAGAGAGAAGAUCCUUCCAUACACACAGCUUCCCUUUGGACUACAUCAUCUCCCAGUGUCAGAGGGUUGCCUAACUCUUUAGACUCAUUUUUGAGAAGAAUAGGAGAGACUGAUUUGUAUUAUAGGAUAGAGGAUGAGUACCAACCCCCUGCCCAGUGCAUCUCACAUACAGUCUUUUAGUUUGUAGAUGUGCGAUUUGAAGAUGCUCCUUCCUGCUUUUGAGCUCAGCAGAAUCCUUAGAAGUCUCAGCAAAAAUCUAAAUUAGGAGCUUAAAUGAAAGCAGUGUGAAUUAACUUCAGAUGAUACCAGUAGAUUCUGAGCUACCAUCCCAUCAGCCCUGCUCUGAAGUCUCUAUAUAAGGCUGCUACCAAAAAGUCAAGUACUUUCAAGUUUUACUGCUUUGAGCAGGAUAUACUUUGUUUAACCUGAAUUGGAUUGGACCUGUAUCAUUGAAAUAUUUUUCAGAAAUUGCUGUAGAUCCAGUUUCCCCCCUCUGUUGAAAUACACUAGGUGUGUGUUUAAAGUCUUAACUGUGGAAGAUGGAAUGUUUCAAUUUCCUUAUACUUAAUUACUUUCAGAAACCUUUGUUUAUACUGUUUAAAAGAGUUGGGAAAAUUUGAAAGUUGGGAAAGAAAGGAUUUCACUAUUACAGUGGACCCUCGACUUACAGACGGCUCGACUUACAGACUUUUCGAGUUACAGACUUCUCUGG